UUUAUCUAUCAGGUGUCCCUCCUCGCGAUUUCACCAAGAUUUAGCUUGUCUCUGUCAUCUUCAGUCUUCACCUGUGAGAAGUUGCUCUGCUUCCUUUCGGGCUUUCACUGGAAAAUCCGUUUGAAAAACAAAUUCAAAGUCUCCAAGAAAGCAUCACAUGCCGGAACAAAGUCCUAUUUUCCCCCCUCGUCGCCGGUCUCAUUGCAAGAGUAAGACUGUACAUAUCCUUGCUCGAAUCCUCUCUUUCUUUAAUGAUGAAUCUCACUGCUCGCCUGCCAUUCAAAUUUCUCUGGAGGCUCCAAAGCUAGGUGGCAAAUUAGGACUGGGAACCCAACGAGAACUAUGUAAUGAUUUGGUUGAUCUUGGUGGUCUCAAACCUGAGAAUUUGUUGAUUGAGAGUACUAAAGUGGUUGGGAUCCACGAUGAAACUUCCGGUCCUGAACAAAUAGUGACAAAAAAUCAGUUAGACGAUAGAACGAGACCAGAAGAUUAUGAAUAUCUUGGAUGUCGGGAAGUGUGUACACCUUCCAAUAUGUCUGUGGAAAAAGACCUGAUAGCUAAUAGUGGGGUUGCCUCCAUCAAUGAUCAUUCUGAGCAUCUUGUUUCAGAACAAAUUGUCCCCGACUAUAGUGGCCGGUUCCAUGUGUCCCCCAAAUUUCAUCAGUUCCAGGCUCACCCUGCCCUAGAGAUGGAUGGUGUCUCUUCAAAAUCAGGUGAAGUUGGUGGAAUAAUGGAGGACAGAGAGCACUCUAAAUUGUCCAGCGAGAAUGCCGGAGUGACUGGUGUUCCAAAAGGAACUUCUGAGCUUGAACAAAUAGUGACAAAGGAGUCAGAACAUGGAACCAGACUAGAAGGAAAUGGGGAUAUUGCUUGUGGCAACGAUGUUCACACUCAUUCAAAUACAAGAAUGCAGAAAGAUUUGGUUGCCGAUAUUGUUGUUGCAUCAAGUGAUAACCAUUUUAAUAAUUCUCUCCUGGAACAAAAUGGUGUGGUGGAAAUAGGCAAUGUGGUAGGGCAAGUAGAAUAUAAAGCUAACUUCGAUUUGUCCAUCAAGAGUACUGAAGAAUUUGGUGUCCAAGAUGGAGCUUCCACUCCUCAACAAAGAGUAACAGUUAAGUUUGGCCACAGAAUGGGGCUUGAAGGAAAUGGAGAUUUUACUUUUGGUGAUAUUCUCAAAGAUACACACAUAUCACUGGAGAAAGAUCAAGUUACAAAUGAUGUUGGUGCCUUGAUUAAUAACUAUAACAAUGACAUUCUUUGUUCAGAACAGAUUGAUGUGGAGAUUUUGCCGCAAGUGCCAGAAGUCUUAGAGAGUGAACUCUUGAAACCCCAAAGUAUGUUGGAAAAUGACCUGAUACCCAACGAGUCAGUGUCAGUCAACAAUGCAAUAGAUGAGGCUUCAGUGGCACAUAUGAUGAAAAAACUAGAAUAUGAAAUGCAGCGGAAAGAGUUGAACUUGAAGGAAUCAGCUUCUUGUAAGGUCAUACCAGAUUUUUCUGUUAGCUUUGUUUCAGAUAGGGAGAUCGAAGAUGGUGAAAUUCUUGAUGAUUCGGGAGUUUCUAGCAGUUCAGUUUAUUUAUACCCUGAAGAUGCUGUAUUGGAAAGUAAGGUGGUGGGAGGUCGGGUUUUUGGGGAUGUUAUGAAGAAAGAGUUCUCUGACAAAUGCAAAGAACAUAAAGGAGAAUAUGAAGAUUGUGUUCAAGCAGAGCUUAAUGGGAGAAAGAGCAAGGGGAAGGAAGCCAGAUUUGGUACAUUGGAAAAGAAAGGCAACAGCAGCAAGGAAGACAUUACCUGCCCUAUUCCUCCUUCUGAAGGUACGCAGUUGAAUGAAGAAACCCUAGAUAAAAAUGUGACUCAAACUCAUCCAAUGACAUCCAAAGAAAAGCAGGAUGUCGAAGUUUGCAAUAAGAAAAAGCGGGGCCCUUUAACUGAGAAUCGUAAAAUGAAGAAAAAGGUGAUGAAGAAAAGGAAACGAGCUGAAAAGAACAAGCUUACUGGGGUUAAGAGGUUAAAAUUACUGCCAGUUUUAAAACCGAAACCAGUAACAUACUGCAAGCAUUAUCUUCAAGGAAGAUGUCGGCAGGGUGAUUCGUGCAAAUUUUCACAUGAUACAAUUCCCUUGACGAAAUCAACGCCAUGCAAGCAUUUUGCACGUCACUCAUGCUUGAAAGGGGAUGAUUGUCCAUUUAACCAUGAGCUCUCCAACUAUCCUUGUGACAAUUACGUAUCAAAAGGCUCUUGCAUUAGAGGUGAUAAAUGCUUGUUUUCACACAAGAUACAACCCAAGGAAGGUGCCUCGACAUCAUUGAAUGCUGGCAAACCAGAGUCAUCAGCUCUGCCAAAUAAUAGAAAUUCAAGGAAGGAAGUAAACAUUGAUAGUAGCUCCUGUUGUAUUGUCGAUGACUUGUCUAAAGACAGAGCUGUAAGGGUGCCAUUCUCCACGGCAACCAUCCCUCACAGCAAACCAGAUCAGAAUGUGGUUGGGAAGAGACUGAAGCCACUUGGACAGGCACCCAGAGGAAUAAGAUUUCUAGUAAAUGGAAACACUCCAGUAGAUGAUUCUAAUAGGAAGCAACAUGGUGAUUUUACUUCCAAUGGAGGUAAUGGCACAAUAACUUGCAAUCAGAAGAUAAAAAGUGCACCAGACAAGCAUCAAAACUUGAAUGAGAUGCUGUGGAGGGCGCCACCUGCAGUACCACCCAAUGGAAUUAGGUUUCUCUCUAUGGGAAAGGUGCCACAAAGUGAUCCCACUAAGCAACAAGGAAGUGGCCUCCCUCCCAAACAAGAUGGAGUUGAAUUAUGCAAUUUGAAGAACCAAAGUGCAUCACACAAGCUUCAAAAUCCAAAUGAAACUGCAUUGAGGAUGUCAAAACCUUCGGUUUCUAUUGGUCAUUCAAUGACUCCAUUAGCAGAUGGGAAUGAUAAAUCCGUCCAAAGCUUAGCUCAGAAGGCACUGUCAUCGACAAUGGCAUUUACAGCAAAGUAUGACUCUGAAAUGGGGUUGGGACAUUCUACUUGUCCCCCUGCUUUUUUUGCUGAGAUGAGUAAGCCAUCAAGGAAUAACAGCAACUUCACAGGGAGUUCCAAGAAAGAACCAAUGAAAGCUUCUGACAUUUUGCAAGAAUUCUUAUUUGGAAUGGGUGUUAAUGGUAACUAGUAAGGUGAGGAAAAUGGCAUCUUUCUUGCCUAAUAGUUGCCAUCUUUUUGCAUGUA